CACUACUUCCCCAACCCAAAACGUAAUAUCUUUUUGAAAUAUUUCUACAGUUCCAAUUUCCAAACCUAUCGCUCAAAUAUGUGUUUCUUUGAAAACCGCUGCGAUAGAGAUUCUAUGGUGGUGAAGAUGGAUGUGGCAUGGUGGAUGGAGUUGCCUCCUCCGCAGAUAAUUUUUCCGGAGAAACCAUCUACUUGUCCGAUUCUUGAAACGAUUAUAGAAGAAAGAGAGACCGAAGAAGACGAUCAAGAACAUGAUAAAGAAGACGUUUAAUGAUCAUUUGAUCUUCCUUCUUGGGGUUUAGAUAGAUUUUUGCUGAUGUAAUUCUCUAUAAAUGUAUAAGACGAGUUUUGUAUAUUAAUUUAUAAUCAUAUCUCGUGAUAA